AUGGAGAAUCCAUUCUACGGAAGCUAUUGGUCCCAGCCAGCUCACCCUCGCUUUUCCUCAAACAUGAGAGGAAUACCAGUGCAAUCGAUUCACCAGAAACCUGCCGGAAUCAAGCCGGCCUCCAAGGUUGUCCAGAUUCCGGUCCACUUCGUCAGUUCGGAUCCCGAGCGGUCCGUUUUGGCCUCGGCGAAACAGAAGCCUGAGGCGGAUCGGUCCGCUUCAGCGUUGAAGAUCCAGAAGGUAUUCAGAGGCUUUUUGGUGAGAAAAAGCGUGAAGAAAAUCAUGUCGAUACGAAAAGAGGUGGAAGAUGUUGAGCGGAAGCUUUUGUGUAGAGAAACGGCGGAGUUGAUUUGUAGAGAUGAAAGGGAAAGGUUGCGGGUGAAUGAGACUCUGAUGUCUCUGCUUUUCAAGUUGGACUCCAUUCGUGGAGUUGAUUCCGGUGUUAGGGAGUGCAGAAAGGCUGUAAUUAGAAAGGCCAUCUAUUUGCAAGAGAAAGUUGACUCCAUUGUUUCCGCUGCAAAUCAAAUUGCAGCUGAAGAGGAGAAUCAAUAUAAUGAUUACGAUGAGCUCUCUGAACCAGCCAAUCAGACCGUAGACAUCCCCAAUUCAACAGGAAAUCAGGAAGAAGAUGGAAAAUUGACAAAUCAGAAUGAACUUUGUGAUCUGUUAGAGCAGAGUGAGGAUGUAGAAACUCAAGCGGCAUCAAAUGAUGAGAAAACACCCGUAGAGGGUGAACACGAUGUAGCACCUUCGGUUGAGAAGUGCAAAGGAUUGCAGGAGGUGAAGGAGGAAACGGAUUGUCCAAUGCAUGAAUGUGUGGAGGAAAGUGUGGAGAGAGGUGAAGUUGGGGAUGUGACUGAAGGAGUCGAGGAUGAGAAGAAUGAAACAAGGUCACACAAGCUUUACGGGGAAGAGGAGAGCAGAAGGAACAGAGAGUUGAUGGAGAAAAUGGUGGAAAAGAAUGAGAAUAUGAUGAGAAUGAUGACUGAACUGUGCCAAAAAAAUGAAAUACAAACACGGAUGCUGAAUUCGCUGGCACAAAGGGUGGAUCAAUUAGAGAAAACUUUCCUAUGUGAUAGGUUGAAGACAAAGAAGAAGAAGAGGCAUCCUGCUUGA